AUGGGUUUUGACAAAGAAUCAAGCUCGUCGUCUCAGCGCCUCAGACCACCAGCCCCAUCAGAAAACACACCGCUGAUCGGAGACCAGAAGCCAUUGUCGUCCCAAGGCAAGACCUUUGCCAAUGUCUUCAUCGCUAUUGUGGGUGCAGGCGUUUUGGGCUUGCCUUAUUCUUUCAAGCGCACUGGGUGGCUCAUGAGCCUCCUCACCCUUUUGCUCGUGGCGUUUCUUACCCACCAUUGUAUGAUGCUGUUGGUCUACACCCGAAGAAAGCUUGAGUCUUCCAAUGGAUGCACGAAGAUCCCAUCUUUUGGGGACUUGGGUUUCGCCGUUUGUGGCACUGUAGGGAGGUUGGUGGUCGAUGUUCUUAUCAUUCUUGCUCAGGCUGGGUUUUGCGUCGGCUAUCUCAUUUUUAUUGGUAAUACAAUGGCCCAUUUGCUAAAUGCACCCACAGCAACCGAUUUGACACCCAAGAUUUUGGGUUUGGCACCAAAAAGCUUUUACAUUUGGGGGUGUUUUCCGUUCCAAUUGGGGUUGAAUUCAAUUGCAACGUUGACCCAUUUAGCCCCUUUGAGUAUUUUUGCUGAUGUGAUUGAUCUUGGAGCAAUGGGCGUGGUGAUGGUGGAGGAUGUGAUGGUUAUGGCGGCAAAAAGGCCUGAAGUGAAGGCCUUUGGGGACCUUUCUCUGUUCUUUUAUGGCCUGGGUGUGGCUGUGUACUCGUUUGAAGGGGUUGGAAUGGUUUUGCCUUUAGAGACAGAGACCAAAGACAAGGACAAGUUUGGGUGGAUCCUGGGCUGGACCAUGACUUUCAUUUCUUUGAUGUAUGGAAGCUUUGGAGCUUUGGGUUACUUUGCUUUUGGGGAAGAAACUAAGGACAUGAUCACAGCUAAUUAUGGUGCAGGCGUGAUCAGCACUCUGGUGAAGCUUGGUCUUGUGGUGAAUCUAUUCUUCACAUUGCCUAUAAUGAUGCACCCGGUUUAUGAGAUCAUGGAGAGGCGGUUUUGGAGCGGGAGGUAUUGUUUAUGGUUGAGGUGGGUGCUGGUUUUGGCUGUGAGUUUGGUGGCUUUGUUGGUCCCCAAUUUUGCUGAUUUCAUGUCUUUGGUGGGGAGUGGUGUGUGCUGUGCAUUGGGGUUUGUUUUGCCUACCUUGUUUCACUUGAUGGUUUUCAAGGGAGAGAUGGGGUGGAGACAAUGGUCGUCAGAUGUAAGCAUUUUGGUGUUAGGACUUGUUCUUGCGCUUUCAGGAACUUGGUCUGCUCUGCAAGAGAUUUUCUCCAUCAAAGUAUAG